CGUCGACGUCCAUUUAAAACGGCAUUUUAAACUUCCACUUCCACCGCCUCUCUUACAUCUCCCAAUAUCGUCGCUUCCGUGUCUUAUCUCUCCCUUUUAUCGAAGCAUAGUCUAGGGAGCAGCCAACAAAAGUAAAAAAGAGACCAAAUUCAUAAAUAAACGGCAAGAUGUCCCACCUUCAGUUUGACGCUAAGCUCAGUGAAGCGUUAAGGAUGGACGGAGAUUUGACGAGGGGGCCAAUUCCCAGGUGGCAGCGGAAGGCGAUGGAACAGGGAAUGCAACAACUCUCCAUAAGCAACGAAAACAGUUUUGCCAACAAAUCCGGUUAUAACAGUCCGAAGUCAGCUAAGACUCCACACAGCAGAUCUUUCCUUGAUACCAAGAGCCCUGGUCGAGGAAAGUCUCCAAGCAGGUCUAAGUCGCCAGGUCGCAGGAUCCCAAAGCUGACAGUUCGUGGCGCAGGACAGAAGACUCCCUCUCGCAAAACUCCCGCCACGCCACAUAACCAGCAAGACAGAUUCAUUCCAAACCGAAGCACCACAGAUACGGAACGUUCUCACCACCUCUUGGUCACCAGCAUGGAGGCUUCAGGAGGAGACAAGUCUGCAGAGGAGGAUGAAGUGUCGCUUCAGCAGAAGGAAUAUCAGGAAAAGAUGACAGAGAACCUAAACGAUGGGGUGGCACCUGAAUUGAGGGUUUUGUCAUUCAAGAGCAAGGCACCACAAGCAAAAGAAGGACAUUUGAACAACCACAAAGUGCUGUACAGUGCCGGAAAACCCACUGUGCCCAAGGCUGCCACGACAAGACACAUUCCCAACAUGCCAGAAAAGGUUCUUGAUGCCCCGGAACUUCUUGAUGAUUACUAUCUUCACCUUCUCGACUGGAGUGUGAACAACCACUUGGCUGUUGCUCUGGGAAAUUCGGUGUAUGUCUGGAAUGCUGGUGAUGGUUCCAUUACCCCCCUCUGCCAGCUGGACGACCCCGACUAUAUCUGCUCUCUGUCGUGGAUCAAGGAAGGUAACGUGCUCGCCAUUGGCAAUAGCUCGGGUGUCACACAGCUGUGGGAUGUUGCACAGCAGAAGCUUGUGCGCUCUAUGGGUGGCCAUGAGAGCCGCGUCACCACCCUUUCCUGGAACUCGUACAUCCUCUCCUCCGGUUCACGCUCAGGACAGAUUUUCCACCAUGAUGUCAGAGUGGCUGAGCAUCAUGUGGCGACCUUAGCUGGACAUUCACAGGAGGUAUGUGGUCUGAAGUGGUCUCCUGAUGGGCGUUUGCUUGCCUCGGGUGGAAAUGAUAAUCAGGUAAACAUCUGGGAUAGCAUGAAUACUACUCCGGUCCACACGCUAACUCAGCAUCAAGCCGCUGUCAAAAUGGUAGUGAGCGCAGCAGCCGACGAGACCAUCCGAAUGUGGAAAUGCUGGGCCAUGGAUUUCCCUUGUGACAUGUUGAAUGAAAAUGAAUAUCUCAGCAGCACAGUCAAACACUGUCAGGUGUCAUCCAUUGUUUGGUCGGCACACUACAAAGAGUUCAUAUCAGGCCAUGGAUUCUCUAAUAAUCAGCUAACCAUCUGGAAGUACCCAACUAUGGCAAAGGUGGCUGACCUCACAGGUCACACUGGCAGAGUACUGGAGCUAUGUGUGUCUCCUGACGGCCAGAUGGUAGUGAGCGCAGCAGCCGACGAGACCAUCCGAAUGUGGAAAUGCUGGGCCAUGGAUAAAAAGGACAAGAAACAGGCGGAUGCAAACAAAGGCCAUCCGAUAUCCAUGCUCGCUCAAACCAUUCGAUAAAUUUUACAGUCAAGUCAGCCUUCCACUUCUUUCCUCUGUUUUUUUUUUUUUUAUUUUUCUUUCUUUAUUUUUAUUAUUGAUAGGUCCAUCGUAGGGAUUUCUUUUUUACAUUCCUAAACAAUCGCCUGCAUGUGAUGAGUGGGUGUUGUUUGAAUUCCUCUUUGCAAAGUGUGAUUCUUUUUGUGCUUUUGUAAAACGUUGCAAAGUAUGAUUUUUUUGUGCUUUUGUAAAACGUCAGGAAUGAAUGUACAGAAUCUCGAGUUAAUUACCAAAUCUAUACCUCUUUAACUUUUAAAUGUGUUCAUGGCAGACAUGAUAUGAUUUUCUUCUCAAUUUUUAUUCUUGUAACUUUGGUUCAUUCUUUAAUAUUUUGUAUUAAAUGUAAAAUGAAUGUGACUUGCAUCUUUGUUAUAAGAACUGCUAGAUGUUUUGUAAUUGUCAGGAAUCUACCAUUUCUGUCUUUAUCUUUGGUAGACUUUUCAUGUAUUGGAAGUUCUCCAUCCGUAAGACAUGUAAUAUUUAGAUACCAAUGAUUUUAUUCCUCAAAACAGAGAUGGUAGAAGUCUCGGAGCAUUCCAUAAUUUCUUGCAGCUGUAAAUAUACUUGUCUAUUACCUAUAUAAUAUAUAAGCUUUAACAGGAAUAAAUUUUCAGUGAUUCAUGUGUGUCUGGUUUAUGUAUCAUUAUUGGAUAUUUUUUUAUAGAUAUAGUGUAGAAUCAAUUGCACAGAUUAUAAUACAUUGGUUGCCAGUACUUCCAAAGAAUAGCCUCCUUUGUGUCUAUGCAAUAUGCCUUCUUAAUUACUGUAGCACUAUUUUUAUGGCUUGAAAUAAAUAUCACUUUGUU